CUGCUGGGUGACAGAGUGCCAAAUUUAGCCAAACUAUAUACCAGUUUCUGGCCCUAUUUUGUACUCUAUUCGUAGAAAAUAGCCCAAAUACUUUUUGAGGCCAGUAUAUCUAGUCUACAAACACUCAAGAGAGACGAUUUACCUUAGCUGGAUAACGGUGUUGUUCUUAUAGUUCACCCUGCAUGAGAGCGCAGUUGUGAGUCUGGGAAACACCCUCGGUGACGGAGUCGAGCUCUGUGUGGAGGGAGGAGAGAGAGAGAGAAAGAGGGACACAGAUGGAGAUGGAGGUGGAUGUGAUAAGAAUGCUUAUAAGCUGAGACAAUAUGUGAAAACAUCUGAAUUUUUUUUUCUUGUUUAACGACAGUUUAAAAUCUUUUCGUUGUUCCGUUACAUUACUAAAGAUCCGAAAGAGGGCAAAUAUCGGUAAGUGAAAGAUGACCGUGUGUCUUUAUUGAAGCGGUAGGAUGCUAAGGCGACAGACGUAUGGCUGAAUUUAAGCAAGCUAGCCCGCCGUAUGUUGAAAAGAAAGGCCAAUAUAGGUGGUGUGAAUGAAAGAAGAGGGCUUCUCUCUUGGGUGGACAUGUUUUGAGAGGUGUGGUGGAGGGAUGAAGGCGGUGUUGGUAUCGAGACGGCAGCGGCUCUUCUAUCGGCUCUUCAUAUGUGCUGUCGGGCUCAUCGCCAUCACCUGCUUCGCUCAAAUUCUUCAUGUAACAGCCCAUUCCAAAGAGGAUUCAGACCUGACCUGGGCCCGGCGUAGACUAGCCCAGCAAAUCAUCGAGGAGAACCAGACAUCAAACACACCCAGAGCUGCUAUCCAUGAAUUUCCAGAGGACAUUUUCACUAAGGGACAGAGGAGGCAUGGGGCAGUUCUACUGCAUGUGUUUUGUGCAGUUUACAUGUUCUAUGCCCUUGCUAUUGUCUGCGAUGUCUACUUUGUCCCCUCUCUGGAAAAAAUCUGUGAGAAUCUGCACCUCAGUGAGGAUGUUGCAGGUGCCACCUUCAUGGCAGCAGGCAGCUCCGCACCCGAGCUUUUCACAUCUUUGAUUGGUGUGUUCAUCACCAAGGGAGACCUGGGGGUGGGAACUAUUGUGGGAUCAGCUGUCUUCAACAUCCUGGUCAUCAUCGGAGUUUGUGGAAUAUUUUCUGGGCAGACCAUCACUCUGACCUGGUGGCCGCUCUUCCGUGACUCUAUCUUCUACAUCCUCUCUGUGUUGGCCUUGAUUCUGGUCAUAUAUGAUGAAAAAGUAAUCUGGUGGGAGACUAUAAUCCUUAUAUCCAUGUAUGGAGUUUAUAUCCUUAUCAUGAAGUUUAACAGUCAGAUUUGGGGCUGGGUGGAGCAGAGGUUUGGUAUCCCAGGUCAGCCGUGUUUGGUGAGCAGUCUGCGCAGAGAUGUGUCGGUAGGAGAGGCAAGCCCCCACUGUGACACCUCCAUGAUCCUCUUGAAGAAAGGUCAGAAUGCGGGUGGCCAGGACUCCCCGGUGGUGAUGGUGGAUGAGUUGAUGAGUCUACACCCUCACCAGUUCUCUUUUUUAGAGGCAAGCCUCCGUGUCAUGAUCACGCCCCACUUCUCCCCCCGCACUCGCCUCAGCAUGGCCGGACGCAUGCUCAUCACUGAGAGGCAGAGACUGAUUAGAAACAGGAGCCCUGGAGACAGCAGUGGCAGUGGAGCAGGGGACACUGCCGGCCAAGAUGGUCCAGGCAUGGAGGGGGUUCCCUGGGGUCUGGAGAAUGGAGGGGCCCUUGAGAGUGAAACUCAACCCCUGGAGGAACCCAGACAGAGGGGCCAAGGACAGGAGUUAGAACGAGUAACAGAUAUAGAGGAUGCGCAGCCUAAAGAAGAGGAGGAAGAGGAAGAAGAAGAGGCAGAUGAAGAACAACCCUUCAGACCUCUUACUGUGCCAGAGGGGUGCUGGGAGCAAGUGAAGUGGGCAUUUUCAUGGCCCUUAGGCUGCCUGCUGUACUACACUGUCCCCAACUGUGUUUUGCCGCGCUGGGAGCGCUGGUUCAUGGUUACCUUUGUGGCCUCAACACUCUGGAUUGCCGUGUUCUCCUACCUCAUGGUGUGGAUGGUCACCAUUAUCAGUUUUACACUGGACAUUCCAGAUGUUAUCAUGGGUAUUACGUUUCUAGCAGCAGGCACCAGUGUCCCAGAUUGCAUGGCUAGUCUCAUAGUUGCCCGUCAAGGUAUGGGAGAUAUGGCGGUGUCCAACUCUAUCGGCAGCAACAUUUUUGACAUUCUGCUGGGUCUUGGUUUCCCAUGGGCUUUACGCACUCUAGUAGUUGAUUAUGGGUCAAUGGUCUUCAUUAACAGUAAGGGGCUGGUGUACUCAGUGAUUCUCCUUCUUGCUUCUGUUUUUCUUACUGUACUAAGCGUGCACCUGAACCACUGGAGGCUGGACCGGAGGUUAGGCCUUGGGCUUAUGUUCCUGUAUGCCAUCUUCCUGCUCUGCUCCAUCUGCUUUGAGAAACUCUAGAUCACACUGUUCAUGUUUUGCUUAGCUGUAGGGUCGAUCUAGUCAUAGAUAACCAUAUUUUAGCCCCAGUCAUGCCUUAUUAGUAGCAGUUAUUUCAGCCAUGGUUUGAACCGUGACUUUGCUCUGGUAGGUUAAGAACAGGCCAGUUCUACACACUGCUUUAAGCCAGUCGCUCGCUAGACAGUGCUGCCAAACUCAAGGAGACUGUACUGCAUACUGUACCUCUGAAACAUUUCUACUUAACAUACAGAGAACAAAAACCAGUUUCAAUUGCAAGAUGUGAAGAAUUUAUAUAAAGCGGUGUUAAAUGUUUACAGCACACAGAACACUUCCUCUAGCUUCGCCUUUUGCAUAUUUCUAUUCUAAUCACAAUCAACCAUGAAACGAAGAACAAAUUUGACAUUGCAAAAGUGUUACUACUAAAAAGAGUCCUAUUAACUCUUGUAACCAAGAUACACUCAAUUUAUUGCAUUAUUUUGCCUUAUUUAUUUUUGACGUUAGUUCUGUAAAAAUGUGGUUUAGGAUUUAAGGAUUUUCCUGUUUCAGUAUAUUUAAGAGCAGUCUGUCUUUUUUUGUGUUGUUCCUUAAAGGGUUAGUUCACCCAAAAAUGAAAAUUCUGUCAUUUAUUACUCACCCUCAUGUCGUUCCACACCCGUAAGACCUUUGUUCAUCUUCGGAACACAAAUGAAGAUAUUUUUGAUAAAACCCGAUGGCUCAGUGAGGCCUGCAAUAACACUCCCUUUUUCAAUGCCCAAAAAGCUACUAAAAACAUGUUUAAAACAGUUCAUGUGACUACAGUGGUUCAACCUUAAUAUAAAUCGACGAGAAUACUUUUUGUGCACCAAAAAUAACAAAAUAGCAACUUUAUUCCACAAUAUCUAGUAAUGGGCGAUUUCAAAACACUGCUUCAUGAAGCUUUACAAAUCAUUUGUUUCGAAUCAGUGGUUCAGAGCGCCAAAAUCACAUGAUUUCAGUAAACGAGGCUGUGUUUUGAAACUUCAAUAGUUCACGUGACUCUGGCAGUUUGAUACACGCUCCGAACCACUGAUUCAAAACAAAAGAUUCGUAAAGCUUCGAAGCUUCAUGAAGCAGUGUUUUGAAAUCGCCGAUCACUAGAUAUUGUUGAAUAAAAUCGCUAUUUUGUUAUUUUUGGCACAAAAAAUGAACUGUUUUAAAUAUGUUUUUAGUAGCUUUCUGGGCAUUGAAAAUAGGAGUGUUAUUGCUGGCGAUGCAGGCCUCACUGAGCCAUCGGAUUUUAUCAAAAAUAUCUUAAUUUGUGUUCCGAAGAUGAACGAAGGUCUUAUGGGUGUGGAACGACAUGAGGGUGAGUAAUAAAUGACAGAAUUAUCAUUUUUGGGUGAACUAACCCUUUAAAAAAGAGAAUAUUCUGGUAUUUUGGAAGGCAGUUGUUUUAGUAUUACUGAUUAACCAAAAACACCCCCUGUCUUUGGUAAGUGUUUACGUACCAAACAUGCUUAGUUUUAUAUAAAGUGUCACUUAGAGGUGUCCUGCACAUUUUGAUAUGUUGUAAUGAAAUAGUUACUGUUGUGCCCCACUGCAACACUAUGAACUAUGAACAUGAGAAAGUAACAAUCAAUUAAAUCUUUAACAAUGUGUAACCAUUAUUCAUAAAUAACUGCUUUAUACACAGGCCUUUAUAAUUUAAUGAAUAUAUUUUCACACUAUGUAUGAAUGACACCUCAUCAAACAACAGACCUUAAUUGGUCUUUGCACCAAAUGAAAAUGUUUGGAAUUCAAUAUAUUUAUAACUUAUAAUAAUAGUAUAAUAUAAUGUUAUAAACAAUAGAAUCUCUUUUUUUUAUGAUCCUACAUUGCAUACUGUCUACAGGACAGAUAAUGAAUUAUAAUAUAUAUUAAUAACCAAAGGCUCCCUCUGUUUAAGCUGAAAAUAAUUUGGUUAAUUCUGGUACAGCAGUGUUUUAAUUGUUAACUUUAAAGUUAUUUUCAACAUUUGACAUUUUAUCCUGAUUAAACGUGCUUAUGAUUCAGUUCUGUUGUAUAUUUAAUUCUUAAAGACAUGUAUUGCUUAAAAAGUCCCGCACCAAUCGUCAAAAUUUUCUUGCUUGUGGUUUGCAGUACUAAUGAGCAAAAUUGUAAUUUAUUUAAUUUCUCUUCUGAAAUGUCCAGAAGAUUUUCAUCUUACCACUCACACUAAAAAGUAUGUGACCGGGUAAACAUCUUAUUAUUAUGCCACAGUUUAAGGUCCAGUUGAACAUCUUCCCUGUUUAUUUUCAUUUUAAAAGUCACAUAAUGCGGACAUGGCUCAUUAUUACUAUCUCACCAUUUGUUACAGUCCUGUCUAUAUUCUUAAAGAUAUUUGUAUGUUGUUGAGUGCAAUAAAACAAGGUCUGUGCAAUACCCAA